ACUCACUCUGUCAACCUAAAGCGCACUCAUUCACACACACACGCACGAGCAUCCACGCGCGCGAGAGAGAUAGAGACAGAGACGUGCACGGACGCGCGGGCACGCAGGAGGUGGAGGGAGCAAGCGAGCGGAGAGAGGGGCUCCUCAUCAGCGCACCGGGGCCGUUCAUUCUCCACUGGAGGGCGGCUGGUACAAGAGCACCGGGACGCUCCGGCAGCCGGGAGACGGGACACAGCAGCUGGAAGAGCCGCACAGAGACGCCCCCCGAGCAGCAGCAUCUCUCUCUCUCAUCUCCGGAUUAAACCCCCUUCACCCCCGCGUCUCCUGCAACCGAAAUCACGCUGAGACAUGAGCUUCUCCCGCUGAACGUUAUUGAUGCUGAACUGAGCGGUCCAGUGCUAUCUUCCAGAGUUUCCCUUCCCCUCAGUUUUCUGUCUGUCACCUGGUUUGUGAGCAGCCAUGACGAAGUCUUACGAAUUCAACUGGCAGAAGCACCUGCCUGAGUUCAUGCAGGAAGGUGCCUCCUUUGACAGGUUUGAUGAGGACCCAUAUAUCUUUGAGCCCAACUGUCAGAUGAAGGUGGACGAGUAUGGCUUUUUCAUCACCUGGAAGAGUGAAGGAAAGGAAGGCCAGGUUCUCGAGUGCUCCCUCAUAAACAGCAUCCGAGUCGGUGCCGUCCCAAAGGAUCCUAAGAUCUUGUCAUCAUUUGAGGCCACUGGAAAAACAGAAGCCGACCUGGAGGGCUGCAUCAUCUGCAUCUGCAGCGGCACAGACCUGGUCAACCUCAGCUUCAUGUUCAUGGUGGCAGAGAACCCAGACACAGCCAGGAAGUGGAUCGAGGGUUUGAGGUCAGUGAUUCACAACUUUAAGGCCAACAACGUCUGUCCAAUGACGUGCCUGAAGAAACAUUGGAUGAGAAUGUGUUUCCUGACCAAUGUGAAUGGAAAGAUUCCUGUCAGAGGCAUUACACGAACGUUUGCGUCAGGCAAGACGGAGAAGGGCAUCUUUCAGGCUCUGAAGGAUCUGGGCCUCCCCAGUGGAAAGAAUGAUGAGAUUGAACAUUCAGAUUUCACUUUUGACAUUUUCUACGCGCUCACACAGAAGAUCUGCCCUCGAACGGACAUCGAGGAGCUUUUCAAGAAAAUCAAUGGGAACAAAACUGAUUAUUUAACUGUAGACCAGUUAGUCAGCUUUCUGAAUGAAAACCAGCGCGACCCCAGACUGAACGAGAUUCUGUUUCCGUUCUACGACCCAAAGAGAGCCAUGCAGAUCAUUGAGAAAUAUGAGAGAGAUGACGCCCUGAAGAAGAAAGGUCACAUGUCCAGCGAUGGAUUCUGUCGGUACCUGAUGUCAGAUGAAAACGCUCCGGUGUUCCUGGACCGGCUGGAGUUGUACCAAGAGAUGGACCAGCCUCUGGCUCACUACUUCAUCAGCUCCUCUCACAACACCUAUCUGACCGGCCGACAGUUCGGAGGGAAGUCUUCAGUAGAGAUGUACCGCCAAGUGCUGCUGUCUGGAUGCAGGUGUGUGGAGCUGGACUGCUGGGAUGGGAAAGGAGAGGACCAGGAACCCAUCAUCACUCAUGGAAAGGCCAUGUGCACAGACAUCCUGUUCAAGGAUGUUAUUCAGGCCAUCAAGGAGACAGCGUUCGUCACAUCAGACUACCCCGUUAUCUUGUCCUUUGAAAAUCAUUGCAGUAAACCACAGCAGUACAAAAUGGCGAAGUACUGCGAGGAGAUCUUUGGUGACUUCCUCCUCAAACAGCCUCUGGACAACUUCCCGAUUGAAUCUGCGCGCCCUUUACCUUCUCCCAACGACCUUAAACGGAAAAUUCUCAUCAAAAACAAGCGUUUGAAACCUGAAGUGGAACAGAAGCAGCUCGAGGCCUUUAAGAAACACAUGGAGGCCGGAGAGACCAACACCACGGCCAUCAUUAUGGGAGAGGAGAACGAAGACGAGACAGAGAACGGAGAGAAAGAGGCCGAGGAGAAGGAUUUAAAUUCAGAGGCGCCCAGCAGUCUGUCAGAAGCAACCAGCGAGAAAGAAGCUAACAGUGUUUCUCAGAAUAAUGCCGUCAGUUCAAGGAAAGAAGAAGAGCGAAGCAACAGCAUCAAGAAGGUACCUGAUGAUGAAGUGACAGAGAUUUCUGAAGCCACUGAAGCAACAGAUGCCACGGAUAUCUCUGAAGCAUCUGACCAAGACAAUAACAAAAAGGGUGGAGACGUGGCAGAAGACUCUGAAGAGGCUAUUAUAGCUCAGUACACCUACGUAGGAGCCACAACAAACAUCCACCCGUAUCUCUCAGCGAUGGUCAACUAUGCACAGCCCGUCAAGUUUCAGAGUUUCGAUGUGGCAGAAGAGAGGAAUAUCCACCACAAUAUGUCAUCUUUCAACGAGUCCGUUGGCCUGGGUUACCUGAAGACUAACGCCAUCGAGUUUGUCAACUACAACAAGCGUCAGAUGAGCCGUAUCUACCCCAAAGGAGGCCGAGUGGACUCCAGUAAUUACAUGCCUCAGAUCUUCUGGAACGCAGGCUGCCAGAUGGUCUCACUCAACUUCCAGACCCCAGAUCUGGCCAUGCAGCUGAACCAGGGAAAGUUUGAGUACAACGGCUCUUGCGGGUACCUGCUGAAGCCUGACUUCAUGCGGCGGUCAGACAGGAUGUUUGAUCCUUUCUCAGAGACGCCGGUGGACGGUGUCAUCGCGGCAACCUGCAGCGUACAGGUGUUCUCAGGACAGUUUCUGUCUGAUAAGAAAAUCGGUACCUAUGUUGAGGUGGACAUGUACGGUCUGCCGACAGACACCAUCAGGAAGGAGUUUCGUACACGCAUGGUGAUGAACAACGGACUGAACCCGGCCUACAAUGAAGAGCCCUUCGUUUUCAGAAAGGUGAUCUUACCAGAUCUGGCAGUGCUGCGAAUCGCAGUCUACGACGACAACAACAAGCUGAUUGGGCAGCGCAUCCUGCCUCUGGACGGCCUGCAGGCUGGCUACCGUCACAUCUCUCUGAGGAACGAAGGCAACAAGCCCCUGUCGUUGCCCACCAUCUUCUGCCAAAUCAUCCUCAAGACCUACGUGCCCGACGGCUUCGGAGCUAUUGUUGACGCUCUAUCAGACCCAAAGAAGUUUUUGACCAUAGCAGAGAAGAGAGCUGACCAGAUGAAGGCGCUGGGCAUCGACACGAAUGACAUAGCAGACGUCCCCAGUGGAAGCUCAAAGAACGACAAGAAGGGAAAGGGUAAAGGAGACACAGUGAAAGCCAGUGUGACGCCACAAGCCAGCUCAGACAUGGCCCAGACCUCCAACGCUGCCCAAAAUAACACAGCUGAAACCAAGAAGGAUAAUGCACUUGUGCCUAACGUCAGCAUUGAUGACUUAAAACAAAUGAAGACCUACCUUAAACUGAUAAAAAAGCAACAGAAGGAGCUCAACGCUUUAAAGAAGAAACACUCAAAGGAUCAAAAUACAAUGCAGAAAGCCCACUGCACCCAGGUGGACAAGAUGGUGGCUCUGCAUGAUAAGGAGAAGACAACUCUGGAGAAACUACUAGAGAAAGCCAUCAAGAAACGAGGAGAAAACAACUGCCAGGAGCUGAAGAAGGAGACAGAAGAUAAGAUCCAAACACUAGUCGCCGAUCAUAAAGCCAAGGUAAAGGACAUCACAGCGCAGCACACUAAAGAGUGGUCGGAGCUGAUCAGUAGUCACAGCAGCGAGGAGCAGGAGAUGAAGGACAGUCAUGUCACCCAGCAGUGUGAACACCUCAAGAAGCUCCUGGCCACCGUCCAGGAGCAGCAGACCAUGCAGCUCAAACUCAUCCAUGAACGGCAGAGCAAAGAGAUGCGAGCAAACCAGGCCAAGAUGUCGAUGGAAAACAGCAAAGCCAUCAGCCAGGACAAGACCAUCAAGAACAAGGCAGAGAGGGAGAGGAGAGUGCGAGAGCUAAACAGCAGCAACACCAAGAAAUUCCUGGACGAAAGGAAGCGGCUUGCCAUGAAGCACCAGAAAGAGAUGGAGCAGCUUGAGAAAAACCAGAGAGAACAGUUGGAGAAACUGGAGAAGUUCAAUGAGCAGCUUUUGAAAUCACACCAUGCAAACAAACAGGUUCAAGGCCAAGGACAUGCAGCAGAUGGUGAAGCUGGAGGAGGAGAUGGACCGCAGACCUGCCACGGUGGUGUGAGCGACUGAGAACAAAAACACGACCGCACUGACAUAUACUCACAUGAAAACACACACAAGUGCAAAAACACUCCACCACCGAGAGCCCUCCACCGCCCUGAGACGAAAACCCCGCCUACGUCACCGUCUGACUAAUGUUGGCUUUACGUUCACUCACAGUCGCCCACCGCUUCCUCUGCAUCUCUGUCCCACCCACUAACUCCGUCCCACUGAGCCGUCGGUGCUUAUCACUGUUUGACGGGGGGCUUAACCACUUAUGGAGAAGGGAGAUGUUACCUCGGAGACGAAGCGACGCAGAGUCAUCCCCUCCUCUGCCGUAUGUAGAUCUAAACCGUCUGUCACCUUCAGUGUUCUCUGCAUCAAAACGGGCAACAAAAGCUGCAGCUAUUGGUGGAUACUAAACAAACACACACACACACACACACACACACACACAGAAACACAAACAUCAUGGUUCAGAUAAAGCAGAUAUCUGUUCCCUAUUUGAGUUCUUUUUGUUCUGUUUUUUUAAAUCAACUACCCGCUCCAGAAACAGCCGUAAGAGGGGAGAAGACUAUGUAUAAGAUUUAACGUCAUUUCAGCACAAAAAUGAAUAAACUUUGUGAAAUACACUGUACGCUACACACCAGUCCUGUCCUGAGCACUUUGUACGUGAUAGGCCGUCGAAAAAAUAAAGAAAAAAGUGGAAAAUGUAGCGGUGCACUACUGUAGGUUUUGUUUUUCAGUAAGAAUGUAUUUUAAAAAAUAAAAUGAAAUCACUGUAUGAAGAGUGGCAAAGCUCCCAUGUCACCAAACCCGACAAUGCAACAUGUUUGACUUCAAAUUAUUGACUUUUUCUGUUGUUAAAAAAAAAAACUUCACUAUAAAAGGCUUAUUGUCUUGUUGAGUUGGAAUGCUAUAAAGGGAUCAUGAGGAUUAGCAAUCACACUUUGCUAAAAUUACUAGCAAAUACCCAAGACAUGGUGUAACAACUGUGCUUUGCUUGCACUUGAAAGCUACAUUUAUUGUUUGUUUCUUUUAGUAUCUUCUAAUAAAACUUUCCAGUUUCCCAAUUUGGGGCUCAAAAUCUUCUAAACUAUGCAAAAAGAGAUCAAGUUUAAGGCGUACACAAUUCUGAAUUUUGCCACAACAAAAUCCAAAUUUUGAUGCCCUUUAAUUAAAGUCAGUGUAUUGCUACUCCUUUGGUUGACGCCUGCGUGAUAAUUUGAUGAACAUCUACUAGUAAGUACAAGAUUAAGGCCUAAGCUGCAUGUACACAGGUAUUUUUUUAAAACAUUUUUCCUUAUUUGUUCUUAAAAAAAAAAUCCAUUCACAAAUCGCAAAUGAAGUGCUGUUGAUAGAACCCUCAAGCCAUGGCAGCCAAUCAGAACCCAGCAGGCUACCAGCAAUGAUUCAAUGAGAAAAAAGGGACCGAUUUUGAUGUUUGGACUGAUUUUAAGGCCUCUGUUCCUCAUUGUAGUGGAAGAAUAACUACAUUUAUGUGGGAAUAAUUCUGGCCACACCUACCAUUGCAAAGAGUCUCAUGUAUGUAUGAAAACAAAUGAGAUAAUCACAAAUCAAUGACCUCCAUCUGCAUGUCAGCACGGCAAAUAGUUUCUGAACAUGUUUACCUGAGAAGAAGUUGUUCAAAUGUCGAAAUAAUUUGUUUUCAGCUUAGUUAAUUCUAUCUAGAUGGGUCAAAAUUGUGAUUGUGAUUAAUAUUUGAUGGUCUGUGUAGCACUAGUAAGUUGCAAAUUGAACUUAUAAACAGACAUUCAUAACAAAAAAAAAAAUGAAUGACACUGAACUAAACCAUCUAUUCUCAGUCUCCUCAAAGGACAAACAUGCAGCAGAUGCAGAAGCUGGUUAAACUAAACACAUAAAGCUCUGUUUUAAGUGAUACCCGUGUACAUGUGGACCAGACCCCAGUCACUUAUUUGCACACUUAAAACUCUUUGGAGAACCGAGCCAAAUCUGCUCCUGUACUACUCUGCCAGCAGAAUUAAUCCACACUAGCUGUAGUACAUUCUUUUAAUCGACCGGCCCUUUCACCGUCGACAACUUUAAGCCGACAUAAGUCGAACCCGUCGCGUCUCGUCUCUUAUUAAAGGCAUUGUUGAAGUCAAGUGCUCCCUUAAUAGGUUCUUGAUUGCACCUUGGCAACCUCCGCUAGUAAUCCUCAGCGUUUCCCCUGUUUGGGAGAUCAGACCGAAUAAUUACAGCAGAUUUGUGACAAAGUCUUUGCUGCAACACACACUAGAGACUCCAAGAAAGCAGCUUUUAAUGUCACUGCAGAGCGAGAAAUCUGAUCAAUAACAACCAACAACAAUCGGCAAAAAAUGUCUUAACGACAGAAAAACUGAAAAACAAGGGGAUAAAAGCACCUGUAGGUAUUUUGGCCUUUUUAAAGAUUUAUUUUCUGUUUUAUUCUGCUGUAGUACAUGUAAAGGGUAGACGGGAUGUUCUUGUAUAUACUGGAAUGUAUGUAGUUUAAUUUACUUUGUUCUGUCAUUCAAGGGCUCGGGGAUAGAGUGGGUCUGUCGGAUGCUUUGGGGGAGAAAAAAAAAGACAUUUAUCAACCACUGGGUUUUGUUCAUUUCUUCUGUUUUCCAGUCUGCCCUUAACUGCACCACACAACACAAUAUAAAGCUCUCACCACAUAUCUAGUGCAGAGAUAAACGAGUAAAAAGUGCUUUUAAAUUUUAUUCCAUCGCUUUCAAAUGUGCCACUCAGUGUCUGUUAGGACGUUUAAAUUAUUUUAUGAAUGAUAAAAUGCCAAAUUAAGGGGUUAUUUAUAUGAAGGUAUAUAUAAAUAAAUGAAUAUAUAUUAUAUAUAUUAGAUAACGUGUAGUUUAAGAAUAUUAUGUUAGAGGCUUUUUUGCACUAGUUGAAUGUUCUGUUGUGUGAUUACAUGUAACCUUUGGCUCUCAAGUUUGUCAAAAAAGCAGAUUAUUUUUGCAGAGCGACAUCACUGAUUUAAUUUCCUCGGUUUUUACUGUAUCUCCUCUUUGUUUUCUAUUUGAACUGUAGCUUGUCAGCAGACAUUCUGUGCGUGUUUUUGUAUUUAUAUUGUACUGUUGGACUUAUAGCAAUGAAAAUACUGUUGUUAUCCAGCUCCUUUACUACUGUUUUAUAGUAUGUGUAUCAAUAAAUCCAGGUGUAAAACGGGA